CACGAAACCACAGACUAGAAUCUGUGUUGAACAUUGAGUGUCCUAGGGUCAGUCCUACUACACAUGUAGUUAAAUAGAGCACAUUUCUCGGAAAGAGGAAGUUCACAAUGAGCGGGAAAGUUUUACUGUGUUUGUAUGCUUUUUCGUAAAUAACUUGAAAAAAAUCAUGAACAUAUAUUCUACGUAUACUCUGCCAAGAUCAUGUGAACAGUGAUUGUGUCCGCAUACCCCUGUUUACUACGUUGUGAGACUCACGGUACAUUGAUCAGCAAAAUACGAGCACUUGACGUAUGCUGUAGUCAGUGAACGACAAUCCCUAACCCUCUCAGUGAAGUGGAGUACAUGCGCGACACAGACUCGUCCUGUGUAUGUACACAGUAUAUAUAUGUGAAGCAAUAGGAAGGGCUACAGGAUUAUUGUUCAGUUCUGCACCUGUUGUGAACGUCAUAAUUACAAAAACCAACAAUGUCAGUGCAAAGACGUGUACUGUAUUUGAUUAUACUAGCUACUUACUUUGUGUUAGAUGGAUUGGAUGCUUCAGAUGAUACAACGGCAAAACCAGGAACAACGACCAGUCUUCAAAACACACAAAUGACGUCAAAUGGAAGUACACCACCUCUACAAGUCAAUGCUACAAGUUCUUCUGAAACAGAGACUGACUUAUUCCUUGAACCCAAAAAUUGUACACGAACAAAAAUGAGCACCGUUACUGUAAAGGAAUCCUUCAAAGCCAAAUGCAAAACACGACAACAAACGUGUAGUGGUGCCUGGUUUUGGAAGAAGUGCCGCCAAAAAGAUGUAUACAGGUCAUGUGAUAAGUAUCGUUCGAAGACAGUGACAAGGCUUACCACUGAACCUAUAUGUUGUCCAGGUUUUGUACCCUACAACGAUACUGCUGCAUUUUGCGUGAAAGGAUGUGAAACCGGUAAGUAUGGGGACAACUGCACACUUGACUGUAACUGUACAGGCAAUACCAGACCAGACUGCGAUAUAAGUACAGGCGAUUGCAAAUGCAAGGAUGGAUGGACUGGACAAAAUUGCACCGACGUAUGCGAUGAGGGGUUUUACGGUCACAGCUGCGAAAAUGCAUGUGCGUGCGAAAACAACAGCACGUGUGAACACGUGAAUGGAACGUGCAACUGCACAGAGCCAGGGUGGAUAGGUGACACUUGUGACACAGAAUGUUUAGAAGGCCAGUACGGAUACUACUGUAACCAAACAUGUUCAUGCUCCCCGAAUGCAACCUGCGAUCCUCAUUCAGGAGAGUGUCGAUGCAUUGCUGGUUUAACUGGUGAUAACUGUACAGAAGUCUGCGAUGACGGGUAUUUUGGUGCCGACUGUCAACAGACGUGCACGUGUUUAGCAAACAGUACAAGAGCCUGCGACCCUGUACAUGGAACAUGUGAUUGUAUAGCUGGGCUGACAGGACAGAGCUGUGCGGAAUAUUGCGAACCUGGGACGUACGGAGAGAUGUGUCGGGAAACAUGUAAUUGUACGCUCACCGAGGUCUGCCAUCCAAUAAACGGGGAAUGCAUUUCAAGAUUCUUGUGUAGUGUGAACGGAACCGCCAACUGUGACCUUGGAUUUGGAGAAAGUGACUGUACGGACAUCCAAGGAAACACGUCGCUAGAACCUCUACAGGGAAACAUUAGUGAUAUCCUAAACAACCCGAAAGAUAUAUGCGAUUCUGACACCAAUCAAACUCAAUUUUGCGUUCCGAGUAAUGAAACAGUUCUUUGCGAAUGCCUUGCUGGAUGGACUGGAUACUCGUGUGAACAGCGAUGCUCUGAAGGUUAUUAUGGUACCAACUGCCAACAUGCAUGCACGUGUGGCGAGAAGCACUCUCUAGGGUGUAAUAUGGAGACAGGAACAUGCGACUGUGGGCCGGGCAGGACUGGUUUCAAUUGUACAGAUGUUUGUCCAAGCGGAAUGUACGGGUCAGGAUGCCGUUAUAAAUGUACAUGCGAUGACGAAUGUGAUCGUGUUGAUGGACGAUGUUUUGGUGCGGGGAAAAGUAAGGAACAGAAAGCGAACCAAGGCACAUCAAAUAUAGGUCUAGUACUAGGCCUUGUGAUAUCAAGCAUCGUAGUCAUAUGUCUCAUAGUGGUUGGUGUAGUUGUGCAUAAACGCAAAGGGUGUAAAACGCUUAGAAACGUCCAGGUGACAAUCAAGAAAACCAGGUCGACAAGCGAGAGAUCAUACGCGGACAAUCGGACAUAUGAGCUUCAACAACCAGAAAUAAUUGGGUCUGCAAGCAGAGGACCACUCAUGUCUGAAGACAGAUGUUAUGAAAAUGGCGGUUUUAACGAGGAAUGUGCCAGAGAGGAAAAAUCACAUAGUCGUAAAAAGGCUACACUUCCUAGCAAGGAUACGUAUUCUCCUGUUGUUAAAACCGAUGACGGUAGUUAUGACAAUUUUGAAAACAUGCGUCACAAUGGCGUCGUUGACGAAAUGUACACAGGGCAGGUGAUAGAUGGUGUAUAUAAUAAUUUAGACCAUCGAAAUAGCGGGAAUUUUAAUGGUGUAGAUACACAGGAUGACGAAUACAGUCACGUUAAAAUCGCCGCCUCAUCAGAUACAUAUGACGUUUUUAAGGGUAAAGGCGAUACCACAGGCGGAGAUAACAUGUACGACUGUUCUCAUGAAUUGUCGAACACAUACGAUGUUUUCCGAAAGAAAGGUGAUACGAAUGUGAUAGCCGAUUCCAUGUACGAUACAAAUGACUCUGUUGCUGCUGGUUCACAAACGAACACCAAACAUAACAAUUCGCCAGACUAAUAGAAACAAACAACAUCGCAAUGUAUUUCAGGUACAUGAUAAUUUCUCUCGAAUAGUUAUACCACUUCAAAAAUUAUUUGUGAUCAUCUAAACAGCCGAUGAGAAAUGAUCAAUCAUACUCCCUAAAAUUAAAGGGGUGUAUGGUAAUUACGUUGUUAGUUUGUCCGUGCAUGCAUCAAAGGUAAAAUAUGACAUUUCCCACUUUUACUUCAAAGAUUUUGUACAAGAUAUCUCAUAAUCCCUCGACAUAUUUCAUCUGUAUUAACAACAUAGCAUGGACGCAUUGAUUACUUAUAAGCCGGUGAUAUUUUGGGGGUCAUUUGUGAAUGUUAAAGGGGCAAAGAAGGAAGGAUGGGGAAGUAAGGAUGAGGGUAUUUGUUGUUAGUCUCCGGUCACUUUAUUUUCAUGUAAAAUGUACAAAUGUAUAAAGACAUUUAAUGGUUUCCUUUGAACACCAACCAAUCAAUCGUUUAUUUUGACAGUUGUUUUUGUUUCCUUUUCUGUUCUUUAAAUUGUACCAUUUGUAUUUCGAUGCAUUGUCAAUCAAAAUUUGAAUAAAACAAAGUUUAAACCAAUAGUUUAUUUCAGUGUCAUGCAUCAUUUACAUAAUACCAUAUCACAGUUUAGAUAAUGACAUUUUAAAUAUAAGAGAACGUUAAAAUGUGAUGCCCAGUCGAACUCGGCUUAUCACAUUAUGUACAUCAUGCAACAAUAUUCCAUAAAUAUGACAAUUGAAACACAAUAAACCAAAUGAGAUGAAAUUCGAUAACUCCUUAUUAUUUAUUAUACUCAAUGUUCAAUGAAAUUCUCAUAUUAUAUAUUUUACUUGUCUUAAAUUAUCAUUACAAAUAGUUAUCAGUUAAAAGUGGGUGUCUUUGUUUUAAAGAUAAACAUUUACAAAAGAGCUUGUCAAUUUGGCCAAAUAUGUAAUAGCGGCAAAUGUAAGAAGAAACCAAUUAACUUAAUUUGUUACACCCUCCAUACUGUUUGUACAUUGCUGGUAUUGUAUUGUAUGUAUUGCAUGUAUUGUAUUGUAUUGUCUGUAGAUAUUGUAGAUAUAUCUCACUUUCGAAACCGAUUGGUCAAAAGACCCAAGGUAAUAAAGAACUUGAACCAUCGCUCAAAUGAAAUUAAAAAGGAUAGUUCAUAGUAAGUUAUAUAACUUUAUGUACAAUAGUCAUAUCAUAAAAUAUUUCACUUUUCAUAAAAAUAUCAUCACCCAUCAUUAUCAGUUGCAAGGUGAUGUCUGUGUUUACUCUUAAGGUAAGCAUUUAAUUCACGAUAAGGCAGAUGAAAUUAAAAAAAACACAAAACAUAUUUCUUGAAUAUACACAGCGGGAUUCAAAGUAGAAUUGUCACAGGAGGUAAAAAUAUUAACCGGUCAAGGUUAAGGUGUCAAAUGAAAUGAUAUUAUUUCCUUUUUAUCUAACUUUGUUAUAACGUGAUAUAUUUAGAGGCUUGAUCGUGUGAUAAUUUCGUGAUGCUAUAGUUAAACCAAUCAAACAACUGGCUGCAGUGUUAUGUAGAACUAAUAACUAUUUCGACAGUUUUUUCCCUCAAAUGUGCCGCAUAAUUAACACUGCAAAUAUCGAUCUUCUUAAUCCUCCCUCUCCUGCAGCAUUAAAAAAUUAUUUGAAUAAAGAUAUUGUUUCUGAUAGUGAAUCUGUAUCAAUUUUCAAAACAGAAGGUAACAGAAGAGCAAAUAUUAUUCCAUGUCAACUUCGAAACUCUUGUAGUAAUUUAAAUUCUGAUAUACACCAUGACCAUCUUACUAAUAGUCCAGCUUGUACCUGCUCUGCUGAACAUGAAACAGUAUCUCGUUACUUUUUAGAAUGUCCUAUUUUUAAUAAUCAAAGAACUAACUUGUUAACUUCUCUCAAUAGUUAUGGCAACCACAAUCACAUUGAUAUAAACAUUCUUCUCCAGAGCUGUCCUGCUUGUGAUGGGCUUACAAAUAGACGAGUACUUGACGAUGUGCAUAUUUUUAUUGGAAAAUCCCGUCGUUUUAAUUCUUAUAUGUACAUGUUUUUUUUUUUUUUAUUAUUAUAUAUUACAUCCAUGAGAUUCUAGUUGAGCAUGACUACUGGCUAUUGCAUGUACUUAUCUUGUCGUUGUAAUUAAUUACACUAUAUGUAUUGAUUGAAUUUGUUAUUUUGAAUUGUAACAGUGAUAGUGUAUAUAUAUGCUGAAAUAAAUGUAUUUGUAUAUGUACUUGUA